CCCCGGCUCACUUGGUGCCGGCGGCCUGCAGCGAGUUGUCCAGACUCAACGAGGUGCUUCCACCAGCCGCGUCAAAACUUGCAGGUGAUAGACGGAAGAGCAUUGACUUGAUGAUUACAAGGAUCCCCGUUUGUUUUUUUCGCCCCAGAAGUCUUUGGCGGUGAAAGGAGAUCAAAGCAAACAAUUGUCCGUGCAUUUUUCGAGCCAGUGCUCCCAGCUAUUUGAGACAGCUCUCUCUGCAUCCAAAAUGCUGCGAGGCGGUACAGCCAACACGAUGGACAUGUUCGCCAAUAUGGACAUCGCAACCGCCGCUCUCAUGAUUCAGCUCCAACUCGAGGACAGCAACGAGCUCGUCGAGUCCUUCGCGGGCAAAGGCAAAGGUCGAGAAGGAGUGCUCUCGGACUCGCAGAUUGCAUUUCAAAUGUACAGGGAGGACUUAGAGCGCAGUGUUGCUCUUGUGGAAGACCGAAAAAUGAGCACCAGCAUUGCUCAGGCCUGCCAAAUGGAUGGCGAUGUUCUGGUAGAAUCACUUUCUCAAGAACAGGCCGCCGCAGGAGACCGAGACAUUGCUUGUAGGCUUGGCGGUGUGGCUGCUCAUCAUCCUCUCCCACCAUGGACUGUUGGUUCUGAGUUUCUGGACGAUGAGAUUUUGGAGAAGCUUCGAGCUCUUUACGUGACUGCACCAGUCGAAGAAGAGUCACUUGACGGACAACUAGUGAAGGGUCGAUCGGAUCGCUUUGUCGAUGAAAACGAUGAGGAGGUUGCCGAAUCUUCCGCCUGGGCUGCAAUGAGGAACCCACCGAAGCAGACAAAACGAUGCUGUACCGCUUGCCAGGAACACGUCGUUUUCUUCCAGCUUGCACGCGCACCCUGUGGCCACGAGUACUGCCGAGACUGUCUUCGAGGGCUCUUUCUCGCUUCUUUGGGAGACGACUCCCUCUUUCCUCCACGUUGCUGCCGUCAGUCAAUCGCAACCGGCAGCAGUAUCCGCAUUUUCCUCACCGGUGACCUCAUUCAACGAUACGAGCGGGAAAAGAUCGAGUUCGACGCACCAGAUCGUACCUACUGCUCCAAUCCUCCGUGCUCCGCUUUCAUCCGAGUUGAGAAUAUCGCCAAUGGAGAGGCAUCCUGCCCGAAUUGCUUGAUGGUCACUUGCACAAUUUGCAAAGCUAGUCACACAGGAGACUGUCCAGAAGAUGUGGCUCUCCAACAAGCCCUCGAUGCCGCUGAAGAACAUGGAUGGCAACGAUGCUUCAAUUGUCGCCGCCUCGUCGAGUUGGAAAUUGGCUGCAACCACAUUACAUGCACUUGCAGGGCCGAGUUCUGCUACAUUUGCGGCCAACGCUGGAAGACUUGCGACUGUGCACAAUGGAACGAAGACCGACUGCUUGCACGUGCGAACCAGGUCGUUGCACGCCAGCCUGCGAGAGUCAAUCCUCCAGAGCAACAGGCCAGAUUCGCCGCUGUCGUCCAGAACCUGAGGGAUAGACAUAAUUGUGACCAUGAGACCUGGCAGUAUGUGAGGGGCAGACACCAGUGUGAGGAGUGCCGCGAUACACUGCCGUCGUACAUUUUUGAAUGUCAGCAGUGCAAUAUUCAGGCUUGCAAUAGAUGCCGGAGAAACCGGCUUUGAUGUUGUUUCGAUUUGAAGUUGGCUGGCGGAGAAUAGUGUGCAUGCAUCUACUCAGAUUCAUUUUCCUGGAGAUUGAGAUCUGGAGACGACAAAAAUUUUCGAAGUAUGCUUUCUUGCCCAAUCGGUUGUCGAGGUUGAAGUUUCAGCUUCUUUACAUCAAGCGAUGCUCAUUGUCCUCGAGUAUCUCGAACUUUGGCGUUGCUAUACUCGCACUGGAAACAACGGCAUUGACUCGUGGCAACGUUACAACUCUCUUUGCAAAUUCUCUCACCGACGCUGAGCGGGCCAGUCGAUUUCCCAUACUGCACCCACUCCAUGUCGAUUGGUGGUGGCUUCGAUGUCUUCCUGAGCAGAUUUCCCUUUGGGUAAAGAGUGGACAGCAAUGAUGACUUUGGAGGCGUUCAGACGGACGAAAUG